CGUGAUUUUUCCAACCGUUCUUACGGAACGUAAAGGGAUUUUCAGUGUUGGGGUUUUCAGCGUCAGCGGCAGCAGGUAUUUCAAAUUGUUUCUCACCUUGCACCACCACCACCACCACCACACCACACCACCUUGCAGCAUGUCGGCAAAGCGACGCCGGGACGGCAAAUAAUGGCCAGCCGGGUCCCUCCAGUUCCAGGCGGCCACUCCAGUUCCAGGCGGGUUAUAACGACUAUCACAGCGACAGCGACUGUGAGGAGUUGAAUGCCCUUCCCCUUCCCGCUACCGCUUUUGACUAUGAAUGGUUGGUUGACCUUUAUAGUCAAAUAGAGGAGGUAUGCGAACGAAGCCCGAUGCAAAGCCCAUCGGCAACUUUUGCCCAAAUGAUUUGCGUUCUGGAGCAAAUGAUACCGGGCUUGCCGAGGGACCCACGGGCCGUGCUGAAGAUGCCGUGGAACAUCACGCUUCAGGAUGUCACUGGCCUUCCUAUGCCAGCGAGCUUCUGGCAGCGUGAUGUGAAAGAGGCUAUAGCACGGCAGACAGCACGACCGUCAACCGUGUUGGAUUUGUUUGUGGAUUGGGCACCCUUCAAGCAGUUGGACAACCCAAAGAUACUAUCUUGGGUUGUGCUUGGAAGGGUGCGGGAUAUGGAUACCAGGCCACCGGGCAAACCGUUCGGUCUGACGGUAUUUUGCGGCAGCCGAGCGCCAACUGCGCAGAUGUUGCUUGGUCCGCUCUGCCAACAGUUGGAGCCCAUGGCGCACGUCACACCCAGGGCAGUCCUUUCUGACGCCGAGGGACGUGCGCGUGCUAAAGGUAGGUUUCUUAGCGUCGUACAUCUAUUUAAAUUUAAAUUAAUUUAUUGUUUUUUUAAUAAUUACAGAGACGAAACAUCAUACUUAACACCCGGAAAAUCGUACAAUCUACGCAUUUUGGCGUUCAGCAACGUCGGUGAUGGAAGAAUGUCCAGCCCGCCAAUACAGUUUAAGAUGGGUAUUACGCAAACGCCACGUAAUGGGUCCGCCAGUUUGCCAUCGAUUCCACUUGCCUUGCUCGCUAUGCUUAGUAUAUUGCUAGUCCUGCAAUAGAAAGUAGAGAGCUCACAUUCCGUCGUUGCUUUAUCGACAGUACGGCUACAUGUCAUCUUUUGUCCCGCCGGAUUUGUUCGCGAUAUAUCCUAUCAUUGCCGUGAUAGCCGUGAUAGAGCGUUAUGAACAUGAUCUUAAGUGGUUAACGAGAUGCGAGGAGCAGCUUAAGCGGUGUUCCACAAAGGUAGUUGUAUCCAAGCAAACAUGUUUCGAAUGCAGAAAUCUCGCGAAACAGAGCAUUGAAUGUAUUUUAAAAUAUGUAAACUUAGUAUUUACAUAACACAACAGAAUCCGUCCAUCAGAGAAGAUAUUUUGAAGUAG